CUAUGCAAGGCCGACGACAUGGGUUCUGCUUUGAUGGUGGGCAGAGGGUGAGGAGGUGGACCAGCGUGCUUCAGGUUGGCGUGUGCUGUGGUGCGGUUUGGGCCGAAGUGGCAGGAGGGCGCGGCGGCAUAGAUCAGGGCGGCAUGGAUGGAGCUGCUGGGCUUGUGUGUACGACAUGUCGUCUGGGAGGAUGGGCUGAGAUCAGGCGGGCUUGAUGGGCUCUGGAGUUGGACUACUCUUUGGAGGCUCUUGGGCUGACUAUUUUGGGCUAGGGUUCAAAUCAUGGAUUCAAUAAAUUAUACAAACUUCUGUGCUUCAGAACAAAAGUGGUACCUGUGAGUCCCUUGGACGCAGUAUCCCAAGAGACGAACCAAAUUUUUGUGGCGCACAUGGCCUAUUGCUUCAACUUCCACUCUAAAUUCUGUCUGCUGCCCAAAUCCCACUAAAAACUCUUUUUUUUUUCCCACUACAGAAACCAACCAAGCAUCAAACCACAAAAUCCAAAAGAAACAGAGCAACUCGAGCAAAGAAGCAGAACCAAACCGUGAGAGUGGUGCGAUACAUACAAAAGAGUAGCUAGGGGCAUAACCGUCAAAGACCAGUGGAAGCACAUAUACCACCCGUUCUGUUUUAGUGUAGAAAGAAUUCUUCAACUGCUAGACGUCUCCAACGGUUGGUUCAGUUGUUUCCCAAAGCAAAUGGCGUCAUCUCUUCUUAUGAAACCAACAGUCAGCAGUAAUAGAGAUGAGGUGUAUGUUGCAGCAGUGCCUCUAAGAGCCGCAAAAGGACCUGCCCAGCUCCUCACCUCUACUGCUUACUCUCUCAAUCUUUGGGAUUUGCAGCACUUCAUGGUCAUCAUUAAGCCCUCCUCACCACCACCACAUUCUCAGGCUUUGGUUUUUGAUUUUCAACCUAAAGAUCCUGAAAACAUAUAUGCAGCACUUGCAGUUCUAUCUGGUAAAGCAAUACCAGGAGUUAUUCUAACCAGGAAGUUAUCGAAGCUUCCAAGAACCAAAUGCUGGUUUGUUGGAUCUUCCAAAGCAGGUGCCAUCGAUAAAGCUAGUGAAUUUAACAAAGUCUGGAAAACUCAUCUAAGGGUUGGCCAUCAUGAUUGUCGAAACUAUACCAAUGGCCUGGUCGAGUACUUAACAGGCGAAAAGUAUGUCUUGGAUCGCUUGAGAAGUACUGAUACUCAGAAGUAACCCCUGACCAGUGAGGCUAUUUAACCACAAGCAAUUUUCUAUGUUAUGAACUUAUGAAUAUGUACUUUGGCACUUUGUUUUGUCCAAGUCCGGGGACGAGUCUGCACAUCCAUGUCUAGCAAAUUAGAUGUCAUGAAAGUAUAUUAUACUCUUUUAUAAACGAUGUAUAUAUUAAUCCAUUAUAUUUGGUUGA